GAAAAGCAAAAGAAGGAAGAGGAAAAGGGGAAGAAAAAAGAGAAGGGGAAGAACAAAGGAAAGAAGGAGGUGAAAGGGUCAAGUGAGGAGCAGGUGAAAGCGCCGAUCGCUGCUCCAGAGCCUGAGCUCAAAACUGAGCCAGAUACUGAACAGGCUCCUGAUCAGCACUCAAUAAGCAGCUCAGAGACACAGCCAGCACAGGAGGAACACAAGGAAGAAGCUGCGAUAAAGGAGGAGCCUGAAGUAGUGGAAGAAGUAAAGAAGGAGGACACAGAGGAAAAGGAGGAAGAACCAGCAGAACAGGAGGAAGAAGUCAAAGGAGAGGAAAAGGCAAAGGAGGAGGUGAAGAAGGAGAAGCCUUCUAAAGAAAAGAAGACAGAGAAGAAGACAGAAGAGGCUAAAGGCUCCAAACGUCAGAAAACCAUGCAAUGCAAAGUUACCUUACUGGAUGACACUCAGUUUGAGUGUGAGCUUGAUAAACAUGCUAAAGGCCAGGAACUAUUGACAAAGGUAUUGGACCAUGUCAACCUGCUGGAGAAAGAUUAUUUUGGCCUUGCUAACUGGGAAACCCCAACCAGCAAGACAUGGUUGGAACCCACAAAAGAGAUCCGGAAACAGGUUUCAGGUGCUGUCUAUGAGUUUACACUCAACGUGAAGUUCUACCCUCCUGAUCCAGCUCAGCUUACCGAAGACCUCACCAGGUACUUUCUGUGUCUCCAGCUGAGGAAGGACAUUAUGCUUGGUGUUCUUCCCUGUUCCUUUGUCACACUAUCCUUGCUGGGCUCCUACGCAGCCCAGUCAGAGCUUGGGGAGUAUGACCCAGAAGUACAUGGAACAGAAUAUGUUAAAGACCUCAAUCUGGCACCCGGACAAACCAAAGAGCUGGAGGACAAAGUGAUGGAGCUGCAUCGCACAUACAGGUCAAUGAGUCCAGCCCAAGCAGACAUGUUGUUUCUGGAAAAUGCCAAGAAACUCGCCAUGUAUGGAGUUGACCUUCACCAAGCCAAGGAUCUAGAUGGUGUUGACAUUACACUUGGGGUUUGCUCCAGUGGUCUGAUGGUUUACAAGGACAAGCUGAGGAUCAACCGUUUCCCUUGGCCCAAAGUGCUUAAGAUCUCUUACAAACGCAGCAGCUUCUUCAUCAAGAUCCGGCCAUCAGAGCAAGAGCAGUAUGAAAGCACAAUUGGCUUCAAACUGCCCAACUACAAAGCCUCAAAGAAGCUGUGGAAAGUUUGUGUUGAACACCAUACCUUCUUCAGGGUUUCGACAGUGGAGCCCCCCUCAUCACGUCGCUUCCUCGUCUUGGGCUCAAAGUUCCGGUACAGCGGGCGUACUCAGGCCCAGACCCGCCAGGCGAGCUCCAUGAUUGACCGCCCAGCACCUCGCUUCACACGCUCUGCGAGCAAGAGGCUGUCCCGUAACUUAGAUGGAGCUGGAGAUGACACUCUCCAGUUUCUGCAACAGCUCUCAGCAUCAACCAGAUCUGAGGCUGAUGAUUGGUCAUUGAUGCUGGAAUCUGACAAACCUCAGCCUUCAUCUGAAUUCCCAGCCAGAGGGGAGUCCAAGCAGACUUUCACUCAGUCAUGGGAGGAGGGGCAGUCUGUUCAGACGGUCACAGUGACCUGGCAGGACACUGAGACCGAGCAGAAUGGCUCUCAAACCAUCACCCAGACAGUCAGUCAGCCAUGGCAGGAGCUGGCAUCUGAUGAGCAGCAGCAGUGGAGAAAGCAAGACGAGUGGUCUGCCCUGUUGUAUCGCCAUCCUCCUUUUCCCUUUAUCCCACCCUUUGAUUUCGUGAAACAGCCAGCUGAGCUCAGCUUGACAGAAAUGAACUCUAUGGACAGGCUCUUGCAACCGCUGCUGAAGCAGCAAGAUGAUUGGUUCCUAUAUUUUGACCGAAUCUUCACCCGGUCUUCGCUUGAGAGUGUUGAAAAACCAUUCUCUCCCCUAGCUCAGCUCCAGCUCCAGGAGAAGGAAGAACAGGAACUGACCACAGAGGAGGUCAUUGACAGGCUUCAGGAAUCAGUGACCUUGGUAGACAAGCUGAUAGAGGCGGAGGUUUUGGAAAGGAGACUGAGGGAAGUGAGGGAUUUGGAGGAAAGGCUUCAAGAAAUGGAUGAGGUGGCAGAAAGACUUCAAGAAGUGAUAGAGGAUGAAUUGGGGAAGGAGGAAGUAGACAAGUUAAGAGAAGAAGAAGAACGAGAAUUGGAGAGGGAAAAACAAAUGCACAUGGAAGGUAGAACAGUAAGAGUGGGGAAGAAAUUUGUGAGGAUGAUAGAAACAAAAGAGGAGGAUGAAGUGGAUGAACUGGAAGAGCAAAUAAAGCAGGUGUUUUUAAAAGGCUUGUUGCCUGAGGAGGAAGAGGUUGAGGUGAAGCAGGAGAGUGAAAAAGAGGUGACAGCCGAGACUCUGUUAGAUGAUAGUUUGAGAGAGAAACUAUGCCAGAUAGAAAAGGAAUGGCAAAAUGAGGUAGAGGAAAAGCUUGGCUCUCCAGAAAUCGCUGGCACCACUUCUAUAGUUACAGUUCAGAGGGUUGAGCGUAGGACUAAGAAGAGAGUGACUAUUGUAGAUGAGAGAGGGCAACAACUGGGAGAUGUAGACGACAUGCAGGAACAGGCUGAUGUUAUAUCAGACGAGAGGUUAGAAAAACAAGAGAUUUGGCGUAAGACGGAUGUACUGGUAGAGAGAACUCUGAGAGAGGUCACAAAGGAGCUUCAGGCUGAGGGUCAGUCUCAGGUGGAAGAUAAAGAUGUCUGGUUCAUAGUUUUUGACCGGCCUCCAUACAAAGCUGUUUCCAAACCACCAGUUACCACUGUGGAACAUGCUCAAGUGGAUAAAGGCGAGUAUGUCAUCUCAAAGACUGAGAUUACAACAGUUGAGGAGAAAACGGAGAUUAUAGUAGAAGAGAGAAAAAUAAGAGAAGAGGAAGCCUGGCAUGCACCAGAGAUCCCACCACAACAGACCAUCACAGAAAGAGAUGAUGACUGGUUUGUGUUGCUGGAUGUUGUUCCCAGAGAGACAUCAUAUGUACCACCAGUUAUCUUGAAGGGACGAGACCAGGUGGAUGCAGAAAGUUUUGUCUCUGUGAUCGGAGCCCCAGCAGUUCAGGAGAUUAGAGAAAUAAUUGUUGAAGAGAGAAAGAUAAUAGAAGAGGCACCAAGACGUCCACAAGAGAUCCCACUACAGCCAGUGAUAGACAGAGAUGAUGACUGGUUUGUGUUGCUGGAUGUUGUUCCCAGAAAGACAUCAUAUGUACCACCAGUUAUCUUGAAGGUACGAGACCAGGUGGAGGCAGAAAGUGUUGUCUCUGUGGUUGGAUCUGCAGUAUAUGAGGAGAUUAGAGAAGUAGUUGUUGAAGAGAGAAAGAUAAUACAGGAGGCACCAAGACGUCCACAAGAAAUCCCUCUACAGCCAGUGACAGACAGAGAUGAUGACUGGUUUGUGUUGCUGGAUGUUGUUCCUGGAGAGACAUCCUAUGUACCACCAGUUAUCUUGAAGGGACGAGACCAGGUGCAUGCAGAAAGUUUUGUCUCUGUGAUUGGAGCCCCAGCAGUUCAGGAGAUUAGAGAAAUAAUUGUUGAAGAGAGAAAGAUAAUACAAGAGGCACCAAGACGUUCACAAGAGAUCCCACUACAGCAAGUGAUGGAUAGAGAUGAUGACUGGUUUGUGUUGCUGGAUGUUGUUCCCAGAGAGACAUCAUAUGUACCACCAGUUGCUGUCGUGGAGCGUGUUCAAGUGUCACCAGAAGAAUUUGUCUCUGUGAUUCAAGUAGCAACCACUGAGCAGAGGGAAAAAAGAGUGGAGGUUGUAGUUGAAGACGCAGAAAUAAAACAAAAGCUGAGUGAAAAGCGAGAAGUAGCAUUGCCACAGGCUGUGAGAGAAAUAGAAGAUGACUGGUUUAUGCUUUUGGAUCGUCCCAUUAGAGAACCAUCAUUUGUGCCACCAGUUACCAUGGCCGAGUAUGUUCAGGUUUAUCGUGAAGAAAGCAUUUCUGCUGUGCCUGAAACAAUAGCUAUGCAGUCCAAGAAGGAGGUUGUAGUUGAAGUGACUGUGGUGCAGAAGGAAGAAAAGAAGCUUCCCGUGCAAAUUAUUCCAGAGAUGAAAAUAUCCCAGCCUGUGAGAGAGAGAGAUGACGACUGGUUUCUGCUGCUGGAUGUUGUUCCCAGAGAAACUUCAUAUGUGGCUCCAGUCUCUCUGACAGUGCCCAGCCAAAUUUAUCCAAGUGUUGAACGUCAAAUUGAAGUGAAAAGCAUAGAGAGGAAGUCGCAACAGAUUGCUCUUGACCAGAUUACACCACAGCCUUCCCAUCCACUACCAGAGAGAGAUGAUGACUGGUUUGUGUUGUUUGAUGCUAUUCGUGAAGAAGCAGUCAUACUACCAUCAGUUGCCCCUGUUGAGAUAAUUCGGGAUAUGAGGAAGACGUUUGAGGUUGAGGUGACAAGCACAGAGACUAGAACAUGGAAGAAGACGAUAAUUGGUGUGGACAGAAGGCAAGAUGAGACACGUUUUUCUGAAAUGAGACAAAUCCAAAUUGCACCUCCGUCAGAGAGAGAAGGAGGGGAUGACUGGUUCAUCCUGUUCGACAUCAUCCGAGAAAAACCUGUUAUCACACGAUCAGUUGCUGUCCCUCAACGUAUCCAGUUCCCACCAGAGGUCAGAGUUCCAACUGCCAUGGAUAAAACAAGGAUUACUAUUUCCGAAACAAGACCGCUGUUUGAGAAACGGAUCCUGGAGGAAAGACGUCCACUCACACACACACAUGUCAAUGAUGAUUGGUUUGUUCUACUAGAUGUUGGCCUCAAAGAGUCAGUGGUGAGCACACAGAGGGGCACCCGUCCUGUCAGUGCUCCGGUCUUCUCCCAGGCUGCUCUGGCUGAGGCAGGAAUCCCCAUGGCCCCUUUCGACCAGCCCCAGACCUCCACUCCAAUCAAGACCAUCCGCCAGGAGGAAAGAAAGCUCGAAGUCACGGUAGAAGCUGUGGAGCCCUCAAAGAUCGAGGCUGCGUCUGAAGUCAAGCCAGCAGUGUGGAGGGACCAGGGAGCAAUAGACUCUUCACUGCUAUCUACCAUCAAUGGGGACAUCCAGCACGGGUCUGAGGUGACAAGCACGGAGGUGGUGCGAAUGCGAAAGAAAAGAGCUAAGAAAAUUGAGGAUGACUCAAUUUAUAUCAGACAUAGCCUUUUAAUGUUGGAGGAGUUCAAUAAGCCUCAGGAGGACCUGCUCAGGCAUCAUGCCAGUAUCAGUAAGCUGAAGAAGAACUUCAUGGAAGCCGUCCCGGAGCCUAGGCCCAGUGAGUGGGACAAGCGCCUGUCCACACACUCUCCGUUCCGCACCCUGGGUAUCAAUGGUCAGCCUCUGCCCAGUGCGGAUGGGAGUAUGUGCAUUAGUUCCCUAAGCAAUGGUUCAGAGACAAAGGCUACACAUGAGGAAACCAGCAGCAGUUUGGGCUUGUCAGGCACACCCAGGCCCACUGCGUGCCACAAGAGUGAGACUGAUAGUGUCGAAGCCCACGGUGGUCCUAUUGAGGAAGAGUCAUGUGAUCAAGACGAGGUUGUAGUUUUUGAGACCUCCUUGGUGCCCAUCGUAGAGGUGGAGAUGGCGCAGUUGCCUCCCUCCCUCGAACCCCACUGUAAGGCUUUAGAUGAGACCCAGGAGGAAGAAGGAUCAUAUCCCGGUGUGUCGGAGUGCUCUAGGAGGAUAGUCGGAUCUUCCCCAGCCUCCUAUUUCAGGAGCGAUGGUCCACAGGUCAUACGCUGCUUCCAGCCCCCUCUGGUGCAGACCCAGACAGUCACCAUCACAGCUGUCUCCAACUCCUUACAGACUGACAUCUCCACCACAGAAGUCCCUAUCGUGCCGACCAAGACCUUCACCUAUGAGUCUUCAAAGGUGACAGUUGAUGGGACAGACGAGGACAAAGAUGGCACAACUGUGUCCAGCUCCAAGACCGUUACCUCAGAGACCACGAGUGGCACCACAGUCACCACCACUACCACUCACAUCUCAAAGGUAGUGAAAAGUGGAUCUUCAGAGACUCGUGUGGAGAAGAGGAUUGUCAUAACUGCAGACUCUGACAUUGACCAAGAUAAGGAAAAACAUGGUGGAGCAUCAGCAUUGUAACUGAAUCAUCACCUUCGUUUAUUUCCUUGACUCUACACCUCCGACAUCAAUUUCAUCAGAGCGCAGCAAUCAACACACACUGACCAGCUCUAUCUACACACACGUAUCCAAGAAGAAAUAUCUCAUAAAUCAGCACCUACAGUUAUUGAUGAACUGAGUAGAUAAAUGUUAGGAGAUCUUCAUUUUAUUUUUUUUAUUUUUUCAGUUGAGCUGUUCAUUGUAGGUAGAGGAGGGCUGCACAGAUCUCAAGUUUUGAUUAAAUGCUUAUCUCAUUCUGGUGUUUGAAAAGCUUAGCGGAUACAUUUUUAUUGGUUAAAAAACAGCAUUUUCAGUUGAGUGAUCUCAGUUAUGUUUGCUUUUGAAUGCUUUUAUUUUCCUAGGUUUUUACAUUGUUAAUUUUAUACAAAUGCACUGUUUCCAUUCUAGUUUAGACACCAUUAUCAGCAUUUAUUCCCUUGGUGCUGCUAGGGGAACGUUAAGACACAUUCAAGGGAACGCUUAUUUUUGUUGUUGUUUACUUGUCUAUUUAAUUCAGGAGAGACAUUUUUUUUUUAAUGUAAUGACAUACCUCACAUCAAUAUGUGAACAAAGAUAUUCUGUGCUCAAAUUUGGACAGUUUGUUUGGCUUUGUUCACUGCUCAGGUACAAAAACAAAAAACCUAAAAUCUUUUCUUCCCCAACCAGCCAAGAACCGGUAGCCUACACAUUAUUGUAAAGUUUGAAUUAAAAAUUGAUCUAUUUUGAAAUAUUUCUCUAUUUUAUAGAAUUAAUGCUUUUAUAGUAUUUGUACAAAUUGAGGUUUUUAAGUUAUUCAUAUCCACCUGCUCAUGAAAUUGUAGGUUACCAUUGUGCUGUGAACUGAAUUUCGAGGUCUCUCUUUUAGACCUCCUUACCUGUCUUGCCUGACACCCUGAAUCAUUCUUAUUCGUUUCCUCUUGUAGUCCACCAAGUUUAUCAAACCUUUCACAAUUUACAUAUGACAAUGGAGUGCUUCCUUCAGCCCUAUGUUUUAUUCAGUAGAAUAGAAGCCAUAAUUGCUUUGAAUAUAUUUGGUUGAUAAGAAACGUUUUACAAGCUUUGGUCUGUUUAUCUCAGGUUUUGAUAUUCUUUUUAAGACUACAGACCUCCAUAUGAUUGUAUGAGGAAUGUCCAUAUAUGUAUAUCCAUCCUACUUUAAAUGUACGUUUAUGUUCAGCCAAGUGAGGUCGAUUAAUGUAAAAGCUCGUCUGUCACAGUAACCACUCGUGUAAGAGGUGAAGGCAGCUGUCCCAGUAUAUGUGGCUUUUCUCUCAUAGGAGCACAAGUUGUCUUUUUUACAUGUUCUACUAUACAGUAAUUUAUUUGUAAAGUAGGGAAUGUUUCAUGUGAUUUGAUGUACUGUGAUGUUUCAACACAAGCUGGUUUCCAGGCUUCCACUAAAGAUGUCACAAUGUUAAAUAUUGCAUUCAUUAUCAACCAAGUUUGUAAAGCCUUUUUACCAUAUAGUCUAAGUAGAUUGCUUUCUCACUUGCUGUUUAUCCCUGUACCUUUCCAUAGAGAAGAAAAUACUUUAAAUAUAUGAUCCCCUUUUAGAUAGCAUGUUUGUUAGCAAACUCUUUAACCCAAAAAGAAGCCAUUGGUAUUUUAGCUACAUGGAUGACAACAGCAAACUCCCCUGGAAGAAAACGUAGAAUUCCACAUGAAGAAAAAUAGGUUUUAGACGAUGGAAAAUAUUGUUGCUUUGUGACUUAUCCCUGUCUUUUUAUGAAAAAAUAAAAUAUGCAUUAUUUUGCAUUUUGGUGCGCAGUGUAUAUGUGAAGCAUACACGAAUGAGAUUUUCAUAAGAAAUAAAUAUUUAAUGCCAUUCACUUGUUUCAUAGUGGAUGUUGCCGCAUGUUCAAUCAACACCAAACGUUCGAGGGGAAAAAAGUGGCUAGAUUGUAAUAUCAUAAUGUAAACAAGAUGAAACCUCAAAUACGCAAUUAUCAGGAAAAUAUUGUUACAGUUGCCUAAACAGUCAAGCACAAACAUAACCACUGAAUUCAAAUGAAACAGAUCAGUGUAAAAAAAAAAAAAAAAA